AAAGCAGCAGCGCAGUCGCUUAUUGUUAUUGUUGUUUUCUGCGCUUCCCCUUUGCGCUUUUUGUGGUUAAGUGCGCGCACUCAAGGUGAAAAAAAAAUAUAUAUAUUUUGAGUUCUUUCGAGUGCGGCUUUUUGGAGUGUGUGCGUGUGGCCAUAAAACUUAAUUUGCAAUCAAAUUAUUCGAUUUACGAUCUACGAGUGCUAUUGCUCCCAUAUAGAUGAUCGCUCUGGUGAUGAUUCAGUUACCGCAAGAUUAAAAAUAAUAAAAUAAAAUAGUAAAUAAUAAAAAUAUGUGAAAAUAACUCAACUCAAUUCGAGCAGAGGAGCUGACGCUGAAAUUGCAGAUUUUACUGACACAGAAUAAUAGCAGCGACAAAUCUUUGCAAUUAACUCGCAUAACCGGCCACAAACAAAGCGAAAACAACAAGCAGCAGGCGGAAUACCACCCGCCGUCAAAUCACACACGCACACACACACACACACACAAGUGAAAUACACAACACACACACCGCCUCAAUAUGGGCGACAAUAUAAUUGGCUCGGCGAGCUUCCUCCACUUGGGCGACAUUGUUUCGCUUUAUGCGGAGGGCAGCGUUUGCGGUUUCUUGAGCACACUCGGUCUGGUGGAUGAUCGAACCGUUGUGUGCCCUGAGGCUGGAGAUUUGAGUUGUCCGCCGAAAAAGUUUAGAGAUUGCCUUAUCAAAAUAAGUCCUAUGAAUCGGUAUUCCGCACAGAAGCAGUUCUGGAAGGCCGCCAAGCAAUCGGCCAGCUCCAACACAGAUCCCAACCUGCUCAAACGUUUGCAUCAUGCCGCGGAAAUUGAGAAGAAACAGAAUGAAACCGAGAACAAGAAGCUGCUUGGGACCUUCAUCCAAUAUGGACGAGCUGUGGUGCAGUUGCUCCACUUAAAGUCCAAUAAGUAUCUGACGGUGAACAAACGUCUGCCCUCGCUGCUGGAGAAGAAUGCGAUGCGUGUGUAUUUGGAUGCGAAUGGAAAUGAGGGCUCCUGGUUCUACAUAAAACCCUUCUACAAGCUGCGCUCCAUUGGCGACUAUGUCGUUGUGGGCGACAAAGUCAUCCUCAGUCCGGUGAAUGCCGAUCAGCAGAAUUUGCAUGUGGCCGCCAACUAUGAGCUGCCCGAUAAUCCCGGCUGCAAGGAGGUUAACGUUCUCAACUCAUCAACCUCGUGGAAAAUCUCAUUGUUCAUGGAGCACAAAGAGAACCAGGAGGACAUACUCAAAGGCGGUGACGUCGUACGCCUCUUUCACGCCGAACAGGAAAAGUUUCUCACCAUGGAUGAGUACAAGAAGCAAUACCAUGUCUUCCUACGCACAACGGGACGCACCAGUGCCACAGCGGCAACCAGCAGUAAAGCUCUCUGGGAGAUCGAGGUGGUGCAGCACGAUUCAUGUCGCGGUGGCGCCGGCGAUUGGAAUUCACUAUAUCGCUUCAAGCACCUAGCUACUGGUCACUAUCUGGCAGCCGAAUCUGAAUCCGAUGUAGUAGCUGGUAUUUCCGCAGCCAAUAUCCAUGAAUCGCUGCUCGGAGAAUGCAGCAAAGACUCGGGCAUCGGCUCCACAAUGAACUCCACCCUUAUCGAUAAGCCAAAGGGCAAGCUAUAUCGACUGGUCUCCGUGCCAUAUUCAGCGGACAUUGCAUCGGUGUUUGUGUUGGAUGCGACAACAAUGGCCCGGCCGGAUAGCUUGGUGCCACAGUCCAGCUAUGUGCGAUUGCAGCACAUUUGCUCCAGCACGUGGGUGCAUGCCACAUCGAUACCGAUCGAUGCGGACGAUGAUAAGCCGGUUAUGUCGAAGGUCUGUUGCUCACCCAUCAAGGAGGACAAAGAGGCGUUUGCACUCAUACCCGUAUCGCCGGUGGAGGUGCGUGAUUUGGACUUUGCCAACGAUGCGUGCAAAGUGCUGGCCAUGGUUACCAGUAAACUGGACAACGGCAGCAUAUCGAUCAAUGAGCGACGUGCGCUGAUCUCACUGCUGCAGGACAUUGUGUACUUUAUAGCGGGCAUGGAGAAUGAGCAGAACAAGACCAAGGCGCUCGAGUUUACCAUCAAGAAUCCCAUACGUGACAGGCAAAAACUGUUGCGCGAACAGUACAUCCUCAAGCAGCUGUUCAAGAUACUGCAGGGUCCGUUCCAGGAGCACACAGCCGGCGACGGUCCAUUCCUGCGACUGGACGAGCUCGGCGAUCCCAAAAACGCUCCCUACAAGAACAUCUUCCGGCUGUGCUAUCGCAUACUGCGUCUCUCCCAGCAGGAUUACCGCAAGAAUCAGGAGUACAUUGCCAAGCACUUUGGCCUCAUGCAGAAACAGAUCGGCUACGAUAUCCUGGCCGAGGACACAAUCACCGCCCUGCUGCACAACAAUCGCAAGCUACUGGAGAAGCACAUUACGGCGGCGGAGAUCGAAACGUUUGUCGGACUCGUGCGCAAGAAUAUGUUCAACUGGGACUCGCGCUUCCUCGACUACCUCUCCGAUCUGUGCGUGUCGAAUCGCAAGGCCAUUGCCGUCACCCAGGAGCUCAUCUGCAAGAGUGUGCUCAGCGACAAGAAUGUCGACAUCCUGAUCGAUACACAGGUCAAGGCGCUCCGUGGCGACACAGCUGUGCGCUGCUACAAAGGCACCUCCGAGGAUGUAUGCCUGGCCACACUCACUGAAGACGCCGGCGACGAUGAGGAUCGCUCCGAUGUGCAAUCCACCUCGACCACGACCACCUGGGACAGUGCCAGCCUCAAUGAAGAGUUUGACGCCUUGCCCAACGAGAAGUACGAGAUACAUUUGCAGUGGAAGGGACAACCGACGUCGCGCUCCAUGGCGGAUCUGGCGAAGUGUGUGGCCGAUGGCUGUGAACAGGAAGCAGCCAUAUUGAACUAUUAUCGCCAUCAGCUGAACCUGUUCUCCAACAUGUGCCUGAAUCGUCAGUAUCUGGCAUUGAAUCGACUGUCGCCUCAAUUGGACAUUGAUUUGAUACUGAAAUGCAUGUCAGACGAAACGAUGCCAUAUGAAUUGCGCGCAUCCUUUUGCCGGCUAAUGCUCCACAUGCAUGUGGAUCGCGAUCCCCAGGAGCCAGUUACGCCUGUGAAAUAUGCGCGACUGUGGAGCGAAAUACCCUCAAAGAUGUCCAUCAUGGACUAUGAUGGCAAAAAUCUGCAACCAGAUCAAAACAAACAAGCCUGCCGUGCCAAAUUCAAUACGACAAUUGCCUUUGUGGAGAAUUAUUUGUGCAAUGUGGCCACCAAGGUGUGGCUAUUCACGGACCAGGAGCAGAACAAGCUCACAUUUGAGGUGGUCAAACUGGCCAGAGACUUAAUAUAUUUUGGCUUCUAUAGCUUCAGCGAUCUCCUGCGGCUAACAAAGACGCUGCUUUCGAUACUGGACUGUGUGUCCGAGACGACAACUGGUGGCGCCUAUGUCAACACGGAUAUGGCUUCUGUCGAAGAGGAGACAAAUAAUGAUGCUGAGGGCGGCGUCUUGCGGUCCAUUGGUGACAUGAGCACGGUGAUGACUUCACUAGCCCUGGGCUCAGUGGGUCAGGCGAUAGCUGCCCCAGCCAUAGCGAUGCAGCAGCGCAAAUCUGUAUCGCAAAUGAUGAAGGAAUAUCCGCUGGUCAUGGACACCAAACUGAAGAUCAUUGAGAUACUGCAGUUCAUAUUGGAUGUGCGCCUUGACUAUAGAAUCAGCUGCCUGCUCUCCAUCUUCAAGCGGGAGUUCGACGAGUCCGAUUUGGUCGCCCAGACCCAAGCCACCACCAACUCCACACCCACUACCAAUGAGGAACAGGCGCAACAGCAACAGCAGACGACACCUGGCAGUGCUGGACCCUCGGACUCGGAACAAAUAGCCGCAGCCGAGGCUGCCAUGGCUGCAGCAGCAGCAGCCGCCUCCGCGGCGGCGGCACGCCAAAAGAAUAUCGAUCUGGAAUCGAUUGGUGUGCAGGCGGAGGGCAUCUUCGACUGUGAGCGCAGCGAUGCAGCCAAUUUGGAUCUGGAUGGUCAAGGGGGACGCACCUUUCUGCGCGUCCUCCUCCACCUAAUCAUGCAUGACUAUGCGCCUCUGGUGUCCGGAGCACUGCAUCUGCUCUUUCGACACUUUAGCCAGCGUCAGGAAGUGUUACAAGCCUUUAGACAGGUGCAACUGCUCGUCUCGGACAGCGAUGUGGAGUCCUACAAGCAAAUCAAAUCUGACUUGGACAUAUUGCGCCAGAGCGUGGAGAAGUCAGAGCUGUGGGUGUACAAGGCCAAGGCGACGGAUGAACUGGGGGGUGCCGAUGCCACCGGUGGGACAGACAAUCUCGAAUACGAUGCCACCUUAUCGCCAGAGCAGCGCAGCGAAUAUCAAAAGGUCAAAGAGAUACUAAUUCGCAUGAACAAAUUCUGCGUAACGGCCGGUCCCAUUGCAAGACCACGAAAACAUGAACAGCGCCUGUUGCGCAACGUAGGCGUGCACACUGUCGUCCUGGAUCUACUACAGAAUCCCUAUGACGAGAAGGACGACGUGCUAAUGAAGGAACUGAUGUGCCUGGCCCACGAAUUCCUACAGAACUUUUGUCUCGGCAAUCAGCAGAAUCAAGUGCUGCUCCACAAUCAUCUCGAUCUGUUUCUCAAUCCAGGCAUACUCGAGGCGAAGACCGUCUGUGCCAUCUUCAAGGACAAUUUGGCGCUGUGCAACGAGGUCACUGAUAAGGUUGUGCAGCAUUUUGUGCACUGCAUCGAGAUACAUGGCCGGCAUGUGGCAUAUCUGCAAUUUCUGCAGACGAUCGUUAAGGCGGAGAAUCAGUUCAUACGCAAGUGCCAGGACAUGGUGAUGCAGGAGCUAAUCAACUCCGGUGAAGAUGUGCUGGUGUUCUACAACGACAAGACCUCGUUCCACCAUUUCGUGCAGAUGAUGCAGCAGCAGCAACUGCGACGCCAGCAGCUCAGCGACGACAGUCCGCUUAAGUAUCAUGUGGAGCUGGUGAAGCUGCUGGCUUGCUGCACCAUGGGCAAGAACGUCUACACGGAGAUCAAGUGUAACAAUCUGUUGUCGCUGGACGACAUUGUGACGAUCAUUUGCCAUCCGGUCUGCAUGCCCGAGGUGAAGGAGGCGUAUGUGGAUUUCCUCAAUCAUUGCUACAUUGACACCGAGGUGGAAAUGAAGGAGAUCUACGCCUCCAGUCACAUGUGGAGUCUCUUCGAGAAGAGCUUCCUCGUCGAUCUCAACCAAUUGAUAUCGAACACGACGGCCACCACGAAUAAAACACUGCUGGCCUAUGUACUGAAUGGUGUCACCAAUCUGUUGAGCAGCUUCUUCUCCAGCCCCUUCUCCGAUCAGAGCACCAUUGUUCAGUCGCGCCAACUGAUCUUUGUGCAGCUGCUGCAGGCCGCCUAUCGCCUGACCCAGUGCAAGUGGCUCUCGCUGGGCGAUCGAUUCAACGUGGAGAACUGCAUUCGGACGCUGACCGAGUCGGCGAAGAUGCGCAGCAUUGUGCUGCCCGUCGAUCUGGAGCAGCAGGUGGCCAAUAUGUCCAGCAAGACGGCGAUGUUGACGCGCCAGACCACCAAAUGGCUGUUGGCGUCCAAGCAGCCCAAAUACGAGAGCCAACAGUCGGCGAAUCUGAUGCGCUGGGAUCGCUCCAUCAUUGAGGGGCUGCAGGACAUUGUCUCGCUGCUCGAGGAUCAACUGAAGCCAGUCGUCGAAGCGGAACUCUCACUACUCGUGGACAUACUGUAUCGAUCCGAGUUGCUCUUCCCCGCCGGAACCGAUGCGCGCAAGCGAUGCGAGAGCGGCGGCUUCAUUCGCAAGCUGAUCAAGCACACAGAGAAGCUGCUCGAGGAGAAGGAGGAGCGCAUGUGCGUCAAGGUGUUGCGCACACUGCGCGAAAUGAUGGCCAUCGAUGUCAACUAUGGCGAAAAGGGCGAUGCACUGCGUCAGACGCUUCUCCUCCGCUACUUCCAAUGCAAGAGUGCCCCCAAAUCGGAGGAUGAGCAUCCACAUCCCCAAUUGCCGGCUGCUGUUGCUGCUGCUGCGGUUGCCGCAGUAGCCGCUGCUGCCGCCGCAUCCUCCUCUUCGUCCUCCUCCUCAUCCGACCCGGCUAAGCAGCUGCAUUUGGUUACCCAUGGGCCGGGCGCCAAGUAUCUGGCACGUGCUGGCAAAACACUGCACGAGAUGCAGAAUCACUUGGAUCGCGAGGGUGCCUCCGAUUUGGUUGUCGAACUGGUAAUCAAAUCGGUCCACUCUCCCAACAUCUUUGUGGAGGCCGUCGAGCUGGGCAUUGCGCUGUUGGAAGGCGGCAAUCCGAUCAUACAGAAGGGCAUGUUCCAAAAGUUUCUCAGCGAUGAUCUGAAUCAGGCGUUCUUCAAGGUCUUCUUCGAGAAGAUGAAGGACGCCCAGCAGGAGAUCAAAUCGACGGUGUCCGUCAACACCACAGACAUUGCGGCCAAAGCGCACGAGCACAAACCGGACACCAGUCUCGAGCUGGACAAGAUCUCGCGCAAGCAUGGCCUCAAGAGCAACGGCGUCGUCAUCACCGAUGAGCUCAAGCGGGAACUUCACAAUGCUGGCCUGGCCACAGCACGUGCCUAUGGCAAUGCGCGGAAUAUCCACUCCGGCGAGGAGAGCUCGUCGAUCAGUGUGAAUAGUCCCCUAGAGGAUAUACUCGCCGAGAAACUGGAAAAGCAUCGGGACAACAAGGAUCAGCGCAAUCAGCUCUCCAACAAGGUGCUUGUGAUGCAGCCCAUUCUGCGCUUCCUGCAGCUGCUGUGCGAGAAUCACAAUCCCGAUCUGCAGAAUCUGUUGCGCAACCAGAACAACAAAACGAACAACAAUCUCGUUUCGGAGACGCUCAUGUUCCUCGACUGCAUCUGCGGCUCCACAACCGGUGGCCUGGGCCUCCUCGGUCUCUACAUCAACGAGCACAACGUGGCGCUGAUCAAUCAGACGCUGGAAACCCUCACCGAGUACUGUCAGGGGCCGUGCCAUGAGAACCAGAACUGCAUUGCCACACACGAAUCGAAUGGUCUGGACAUUAUAACUGCAUUGAUAUUGAAUAACAUUAAUCCGCUUGGGGAGAAUCGCAUGGAUCUGGUGCUCGAGCUCAAGAACAAUGCGUCCAAGCUGCUGCUGGCCAUCAUGGAAAGUCGCGGCGACAGCGAGAAUGCCGAGCGCAUCCUCUACAACAUGAAUCCCAAGCAACUGGUCGAAGUGGCCUGCAAGGCCUAUCACCAGGAGGAGCUCAUCGACGAGCAGGACGAUGCGGAUGAGCCCAGUGCUGCAGCCGACGAUGAUGAUGCCACUGUCAGUCCACGCGAGGUCGGACACAAUAUCUACAUACUGUGCCACCAGUUGGCACAGCACAACAAGGAACUGGCCGCACUGCUCAAGGCCUCCGAGGAUCCACAAUCGGCCAGUUUCGAUGCCAAGACAAGUCAGGCUCUCAUGUACUAUGCAACGCACACAGCCCAAAUUGAGAUUGUUCGCAAUGAUCGCACACUGGAGCAAAUCGUAUUUCCCAUACCGGAAAUAUGCGAAUAUCUAACAACGGAUACGAAAAUCAAAAUACUAAAUACGGCGGAACGCGACGAUCAAGGCUCCAAAGUGGCCGAUUUCUUUGACAAGGCCGAGGAGAUGUUCAACGAGAUGAAAUGGCAAAAGAAGCUGCGAAGUCAGUCGCUGCUGUUUUGGAUUAGCAGCUACAUGUCGCUCUGGAGCAAUAUACUCUUCAAUUGCGUUGUAGUCAUCAAUAUGAUUGUGGCCUUCUUCUAUCCCUUCGAUAACACUGUACCAGAGCUCAGCUCGCACAUUUCACUGCUGUUCUGGGCCAUUCUGAUAUUCUCGAUGGUUAUAGUGAUAACGCUGCCCCGCGAAUCCGGCAUACGCACAUUCAUUGGCUCGAUAAUUCUACGAUUUAUAUUUCUGCUUGGUCCGGAGUCUACGCUCUGUUUGCUGGGCGUCGUUACGGUGACACUUAAGAGCGUUCAUAUUGUGAGCAUCAUGGGCAAUAAGGGCACGCUGGAGAAACACUUUCUCAAGAUCAUCACCGACGUUCAGCUGCUGUAUCAUUGCAUUUAUAUUGCAUUUUGCUUCUGCGGCCUCAUAUUUCAUCCGUUCUUCUAUUCGCUGCUGCUUUUCGAUGUGGUCUAUCGCGAGGAGACGCUGGUCAAUGUGAUUCGCUCGGUUACGCGCAAUGGUCGCUCAAUCGUAUUGACGGCUGUCCUGGCAUUGAUUUUGGUGUAUCUGUUCUCGAUCAUUGGCUACAUGUUCUUCAAGGACGAUUUCCUUGUGUCGGUUGACUUUGAGGAGCAGGAAACUGGCUCAACUGGCGCACCCUUAACAGUAUCGAUGCCAGCAUCGUCAGGGGAAUUCUGUGCCACACCAGAUGAACUGGGUAGCUGUAAUGCUGAUAAUGUCAGGCAACAAACAACUGCAGCUGCUACUGGUGGAAACGGUGAUGCCAAGGAGCGCUCCUGUGACUCGCUCGUUAUGUGCAUAGUAACAACCCUGAAUCAGGGCCUGCGCAAUGGUGGAGGCAUUGGUGACAUUCUGCGAGCACCCUCAAGCAAGGAGGGUCUUUUUGUGGCGCGCGUCAUUUACGAUCUGUUGUUCUUUUUCAUUGUCAUUAUUAUCGUGUUGAACUUAAUUUUCGGUGUAAUCAUCGACACAUUUGCUGACCUCAGAUCGGAGAAGCAGCAAAAGGAGGCUGUACUCAAGACGACCUGCUUCAUUUGUUCGCUCAACCGUUCGGCGUUUGACAACAAGACAGUCAGCUUCGAGGAGCACAUCAAAAGCGAGCACAAUAUGUGGCAUUACUUGUACUUCAUUGUACUGGUCAAGGUGAAGGAUCCAACUGAGUUUACCGGUCCCGAGAGCUAUGUUUAUGCCAUGGUAAAGGCGGGCAUACUAGAAUGGUUUCCGCGACUACGCGCCAUGUCGCUGGCCGCUGUGGAUGCGGAUGGCGAACAGAUCGAGUUGCGGAGCAUGCAAGCCCAGCUGCUGGAAACGCAAAAUCUUAUCAAGAAUCUAUCGACGCAGCUGCACGAGCUCAAGGAUCACAUGACGGAGCAGCGUAAACAGAAGCAGCGCCUGGGGCUGCUCAACACAACAGCCAACUGUCAGCAGUUCCCAUGAGGCGUUGAUUUUGGGAAAUGAGUUAAGAAUGGUACUUGGCUACACUGUCACCUAAAAGCAAUUGAAUUAAAGACAUUCCCUUAUGUAGAUCAAGCACUGCAUAGUUGUUAACGUUAAAGUAUUGGCACUAUUUCCAUUGUAACUUGUUAAAAUCUCAAUAGAAUAACAUUUUUGAAUCGAGAGUAUAA